AUGGCGGACUCACUGACCCAUAUGUCGACCGGGCAGACUUCGAUCGAAUGGCUUUCGAGCCUUAACACUGAGUACCAACCCAAGACCAAUUAUCGCCGCACCUCGAUCAUAUGCACAAUUGGUCCCAAAACCAACUCGGCGGAGAAGAUAAAUAUGCUCCGCAAAGUCGGUCUCAAUGUUGUUCGUAUGAACUUUUCGCACGGAUCCUACGAGUACCACCAAUCUGUCAUUGACAAUGCACGGGAGGCUGAACGACAAUACCCUGGUCGAUCCCUCGCUAUUGCGCUGGACACUAAGGGUCCUGAGAUACGUACGGGCAACACCACGGGCGAUGCGGACUUACCGAUAUCGAUGGGUACUGAGAUGAACAUUACAACUGAUGAGAAAUAUGCCACUGCCAGCGACGAAAAAAACAUGUACGUGGACUAUAAGAACAUUACGAAGGUCAUUGAGAAAGGGCGCACCAUUUUUGUCGACGACGGUAUCCUGUCGUUCGAGGUACUGGACGUGGUUGAUGACAAGACUCUGCGUGUACGCUGUAUGAACAAUGGCAAGAUCUCUUCAAGAAAGGGUGUGAAUCUUCCGAAGACGGACGUCGAUCUUCCGGCACUCUCAGAGAAGGAUCAAAGUGACUUGCGGUUCGGGGUGAAGAAUAACGUCGAUAUGGUCUUCGCUUCAUUCAUUCGCCGUGGGAGCGACAUCACAGCGAUUCGCAAAGUCCUCGGAGAAGAUGGGAAGAACAUCCAAAUUAUUGCAAAGAUUGAGAACCAGCAAGGGGUCAACAAUUUUGAUGAAAUAUUGAAAGAGACAGACGGUGUCAUGGUAGCUCGAGGCGAUUUAGGCAUCGAAAUCCCACCAGCGCAGGUAUUUGUGGCGCAGAAGAUGAUGAUUGCGAAAUGUAAUCGUGCCGGAAAGCCCGCCAUUUGCGCAACGCAAAUGUUAGAAUCUAUGACCAACAACCCUCGACCCACACGUGCAGAGGUGAGCGAUGUCGGAAAUGCGGUGCUUGACGGCGCCGACUGCGUUAUGCUGUCAGGCGAAACGGCAAAGGGUAGCUAUCCUAAAGAGUCGGUCACCAUCAUGCACGAAACUUGCUCUCUUGCUGAAACGGCAAUUCCAUAUGUGAGCCUGUUCAAUGACAUGCGAGCUGCGACUGGCAAACCUGUGAGCAUGCUGGAGUCCGUGGCGAUGUCGGCGGUCAGCGCCAGCCUCGAAAUCAACGCAGGUGCUAUCUUAGUUCUCACGACAAGUGGCCAAUCAGCUCGCUUGAUUUCAAAGUAUCGACCAGUCUGUCCAAUAAUCAUGGUCACCCGCAAUGCCACGGCUUCAAGAUACUCUCAUCUGUACCGCGGGGUCUAUCCAUUCCUUUAUCCCCAAAAGAAACCAGAUUUCAACGAGGCUGAUUGGCAGCAAGAUGUAGAUGGUCGUCUCAAGUGGGGUAUCGGCCACGCGAUCGAGCUGGGCGUUUUACAGAAGGAGGACCAGGUUGUUUGCGUCCAAGGCUGGCGGGGUGGUAAAGGACAUACGAACACUGUUCGUAUCGUUCCUGCUCGAGAGGACUUGGGACUUCUUUCAGAUGAUUAA